AAUGACUUCAUUUCCCAGUAUCCCACCGCACUCGCCCUUGCAAAGCUUGCUACUAGCGGUGUCACAGCAGAUACAAAACAGCAUGGAAGGUGACAGUUACUAAAGUCAUAGUUGGGGCAAUGAAACAGAAAAUAAUGUCACAGACAGUGUCUCCAGGAUCUGAAGACGUUAGCGAUACGAAAGUGUUCAACUUUCAAGAGUUUUAUAUUCAAAACGUGGACACACUACUUUGAACAUUGACGUGACAGAUCGCUAUUUAGCUAGCUUGCUAACCCUGCUAGCUAAGUUAUUUUGGUGUUCAGAAUCAGUUCGAUAGCCAUCGCUAAACUCAAGAACGGCGUAGGGUGGAGACAGGCUGCCAACUGAAUAUUUAAAGAAAACGUCUGUACAUUUAUUUAAAAAAUAAGGAAACCCGGAAGGAUCCACAGGGGUGCUAGGAUAUCGACAAGUCCCUUGGGCCUUGCCGUUCCUAGUUUCAGGUAGUUGGCGUUGCCGCCUCCCGGUGGCCGGUGUGUAUGAGUGGGGCAGCGGCUGGUGAGCGUCGUAGUCCACGGGAUGGGGAAUGGAGUCCAGCAACAACAGGCAACGCCACUCACACAAGGAGAGUGCUGCCACUGCCUCCGACAGCCAGGCAGAGGGUCUAAAGCCCCAGACACGGUCCGUGGUUAACUCCCUCCUCUCAGGGGCCUUAGCUGGAGCCUUGGCUAAAACCGCUGUSGCCCCGCUGGAUAGAACCAAGAUAAUCUUCCAAGUGUCCUCAGCAAGAUUCUCUGCCAAGGAGGCGUAUAGGUUGAUCUAUCGGACCUACCUGAAGGAUGGCUUCCUCAGCCUGUGGAGGGGCAACUCUGCCACCAUGGUACGGGUCAUCCCCUACGCUGCCAUCCAGUUCUGUGCACACGAGCAGUACAAGAGACUACUGGGAGGAUACUUCGGCUUCCAGGGCAAAGCCCUGCCGCCGGUGCCAAGGUUACUGGCGGGUUCUAUGGCCGGUACCACAGCUGCCAUGCUCACCUACCCUCUGGACAUGGUGCGAGCCAGGAUGGCUGUCACGCCCAAGGAGAUGUACAGUAACAUAAUCCAUGUGUUUGUGCGUAUCUCUCGUGAGGAGGGUUUGAAGACGCUGUAUCGUGGUUUCACCCCCACCAUACUGGGUGUGGUGCCCUACGCUGGACUCAGCUUCUUCACCUACGAGACUCUCAAGAAAAUGCAUGCAGAGCGGAGCGGUCGCCCCCAGCCCUACUCGUACGAGAGGUUGGUGUUCGGGGCAUGCGCAGGUCUCCUGGGCCAAUCGGCCUCCUACCCGCUGGAUGUGGUGCGGCGGCGCAUGCAGACGGCGGGCGUGACGGGGCACACCUACGGCACUAUCCUGGGUACCAUGCGGGACAUCGUGGCGGAGGAGGGUGUGGUGCGUGGCCUCUACAAGGGCCUCAGUAUGAACUGGGUCAAAGGGCCCAUCGCUGUGGGCAUCAGCUUCACCACCUUUGACAUGACACAGAUCCUUCUGAAGAAGUUGUCCCAGCUGAGGUAUAAUAACAGGUAACCAGUAGGGAGAGACUGGUGGAGGGAUGGAGAAGGCAACGGCGAGGGGAAUGAGGACGAUCGAUAGUAGCAGGACAGUCACACUCUGAGAACCUCAGCACAAACGACGUGAAGGCCAGGAUAAGAAAAAAAACAUUGUCGCUUUCUAGGGUCAAGGCAUACCUUAUUGGGGAAUGUGUGAUUGAGUGAUCCAGGUCAGCACAGUGCACACACACACACACACACACACACCCACACACUGUGUGAAAUGAAUGUCUUCAACUUUGUGUAUGUACAUGGAGGCAUGAAGUCUCAUAAGAGGUACAUUAGGUGGAUCAUAAUAUACACACUAUCGUCGUGUUCAGGUGCAAUAUGUUCAGUUAUUUCAUCUGUGUAAUAUUCACACAAAAUACACAAUGAUCUGCAUAUGUAAAGGUCCAGGCUACCUGUGUGUGUGUGUAUGUGUGUGUGUGUGUGUGACAGACAACGCACACCUUCCGGGUGUCUCCCUUGCCUUGCGUCCCUACUUGAAGAGGGGACCUUCCAACAGUCUGGAUCAGAUGAGUUGUUCCUAUCUCCUUCCACAUGAGUUGGAUUUGACUUUUAUCAAACGACAAUGUACCCCCAUGAGACUUCGUUUUGUUUGGUUGAUGAUUUUUGUUUAAUGAGUUAUACCAAAGUAUAAACAAGAGGGGCGUUGUAAUUAAUAAUAUGAUUUAUGACUAGAGAAGAUUGAUAUUAAUAUCAUUUUUUGGGGGGACAGUGAAGUUCUCACAAGAAAUAUACACGGUGUACAAAACAUGUCCAUAACAUAAACUGACCAGGUGAA